AUGCUGAGAUCCUUCCUCUCGUACUCUUCGACGCCCCUCUCGAAGAAGGUGGAGAAUGCCAACUUCGUCUUCGACGCCUUCACAACUACAAAGUCCCUCACCACGCCCGUCGCUUCCAAGUCUGGACUUCUGCUAGAACUCCAAUACAAUACGGCUACGGCCAGCCACGCCACUCUGCUCGGUGCCCAAUUCAUUGCACAUCGCCUUGAACGCAGCCGCAUUGCCUCGGUGCCGACCGGGGAGCGCACAUACCACGUGCUCUACUACCUUCUUGCGGGUACGAGCCUAGCCGAGAAGAAGCAUCUCUACCUUGAUGCCGUGGGCGGAGACGGGUCUGCGGGUAACCGCACCUCGAUCGGCUCUAACAAGCGAUGGCGGUACCUGGGACAUCCCACACAACUCAAGGUCGGCAUUGACGAUGCCAAGGGCUUUCAAGAUUUCAAGAGUGCGCUGCGUCGCCUGGAGUUUGGCAAGGAGAGCAUUGCGGGAAUAUGUGAAAUCAUGGCCACCAUUCUACACAUUGGCCAGCUUGAGUUCGAAACGGGUCAGUCCACCACGCCAACGGCUGACGACAGCGGCGGCUAUUCCCACGAAGGAGGCGAGUCCAUCACCAUGGUCAAGAACAAGGAGUGUUUGACACCCAUUGCUCAAUUCCUUGGAGUGGCUAUAUCCGAUCUCGAGCAAAGUCUACGGUACAAGUCCAAGACACUGUACCGAGAACGCGUCACAGUCAUGUUAGACCCCAAGGGCGCUCGGGCAAACGCUGAUGAGCUGGCUCGUUCCCUCUACUCACUCUUGGUCACCUGGGUUAUGGAGCAGAUGAACUCGAGGAUCUCUGUCCUACAAGACCAAAUCACAAACACAAUCUCCAUGGUGGACUUCCCUGGUUUUGCCAAUUCUGCCUCCACCGGCUCUGCUCUCGAUCAACUUCUCAACAACGCAGCGAACGAGUCCUUGAUCACUUUCUGUCAAGAGAGCUUCUUCCAGCGCCAGAUGCAGGAACUCGAGGCAGAAGACAUCAGCCUUCCUCCCAUGGCCUUCUACGAUAACACGGAAGCCAAGACUGGUCUUCUCAAAACCGGUAAUGGUCUUCUGAGUAUCCUAGACGAUCAGAUGCGACGCGGUAAAUCAGAUAUGCAAUUUCUCGACGCCAUUCGAAAGCGUUUCGAUGGCAAGAAUGCUGCUAUUUUGCCUGGUAGUACCACCAUUGUGCAGCCCGGCAGCAACUUUCCUACACCCAACACUUCGCCUACAUUCACCAUUCGCCACUUUGCUGGAGAUGUUGAUUACAGCGUGGAGGGACUUCUUGAAGAGAAUGCCGAGCUCAUCUCGGGUGACAUGAUGCAUCUAUUGAAGUCGGCAGAGGCGCCCUUCGUCCAACAGCUGUUCGGGCAGGAUGCCGUCCACAAGAUGUCUCAUCCUAAGGAGAAGACUGCAAUCGUACAGGCUACCGUCAGCUCGAAGCCUUCGCGUAUGCCGAGCAUGGCUCGGCGCAAAGCCGACAAGACAGGCAGAUAUGGUCGCCAAAUCAACGUGUUUGAUGAGGACGGCGUCAGCGAUGCAGAAAGCAACGUUUCAGGGUCCCGGAAGAACAAUGACAACAAGCAGACUGGUGCAGCGGGUCAAUUCGUCAGCGCGCUGCGGACCAUCGAGUCGUGUCUGCGUAAAGCCAAUCCAUACUUUGUCUUUUGUCUCAAGCCAAAUGAUCGACGAAUCGCGAACCAGUUCGAUAGCAAAUGUGUUCGUCAACAAGUACAGGCUCUGGGCAUAGCCGAGAUCAGCCAACGGCUCCGUGUAGCGGAUUAUACCAUCUUUUUGCCGUUUGCCGAGUUUUUGGGCCUUGCUCAGACCGACCUCGCCAUCGUUGGCAGCGACAAAGAGAAGGCUGAGAUGGUACUUGACAGUAAGCCUUGGCGCGAGAACGAAGUUCGCGUUGGUGCGACGGGCGUCUUCCUCAGCGAAAAAUGCUGGCUUGAGCUUGCCAAUAUUGACAGUGUUGCUCCUUACACUCGUGGCGUGGGUGGCUCGGAGGACAAUCUCCUCACUCCUGACGCUGGGCGUUCCUUUGGAGACGUCAGAGCUGGUCUGCUUUCGCCGUCUCCCGGUGCUUACUACGACGACAAGAGUGGCAACUACUUUGGCGCUCGAGACAUUGACGCUCGCUCCGAGGCACCAUCAGGUAUCACGAAUGGCGACAUGUUCCAGGGUUUGGAGCAACCAAAGAUCCUCGACGAGAAGGCGGCAGACAAGAAUUUGGAAGAGGUCGAUGUCCUUCCUACCACUGGCGCCCGAAAGAGAUGGGUUUUCAUUGUGUAUUGCAUGACAUGGUUCAUCCCCGACUUCGCCAUCAGAGUCCUUGGACGCAUAAAGCGCAAGGACGUAAGGAUGGCAUGGCGAGAGAAGCUGGCCAUCAACAUGCUCAUCUGGUUGAGCUGUGCCUCCGUCGUCUUCUUCAUGAUUGGGUUUCCCAUGCUCAUCUGCCCGACCCAACACGUUUACUCUGCUGCAGAACUGACCGCGUACGACGGCAAGGACGGUAAUGAUGCAUAUGUCGCUAUUCGUGGCAUUGUUUACGAUCUUGGCGAUUUCAUUCCCUUCCACUACCCCAAUGUCGUACCACAAAGGAGCCUGCUCAAGUAUGCUGGCAAGGAUGCAACCAACCUCUUUCCUGUACAAGUCUCUGCUCUGUGCCGCGGUGUCGACGGUUCGAUUGAUCCUGCAGUUCAGUUGAAUUACAAGAGCACCAACUACACGGAUUCUGCCGUCAACAACCUCAUCAGUUCUACCGACCCCAACGCUCAAUACCAUGACUUCCGUGCCUUCACCAACGAUUCGCGUAAAGAUUGGUGGUUCGAGCAGCAGCUGUUCCUGAAGGCCAACUAUAUGAAAGGACGUGUAGGAUACAGCCCAGAAUAUCUGAAGACUUUGGCCGGCAAGAGUAACUCCAUUGCUUAUCUCAACGGCAAAGUAUACGACAUGACCGAUUACGUUACCGGUGGUCGACAGACAAUAUACAAGGUUGGCGAAGAAAGGCCUGCAGAACAACCAAACGUCAACUUUAUGCACGAGCAAGUCAUUUCAAUCUUUCAAUACCAAGCAGGCAAAGAUCUUGGCAAAUACUGGGAGAACCUCAAACUGUCAGCCGAUAUGAAGAACAACAUGUUGCAAUGUCUCGACAAUUUAUUCUACGUCGGCGAUGUGGACACCAGAAACUCAUCCAAGUGUUUGUUCGCCAAAUACUUCCUCCUGGCUAUUUCCAUUCUUAUCGUAUCCGUCAUCGGUUUCAAAUUUCUCGCAGCCCUUCAAUUUUCCAGGAAGACGGACCCAGAGAACAUUGACAAGUUCAUUAUCUGCACGAUUCCUGCUUACACGGAGGAUGAGGAGUCUCUCCGCCGUGCCAUGGAUUCUGCUGCGAGGAUGAAGUAUGAUGAUAAGCGCAAACUUCUUGUCAUUGUCUGCGAUGGUAUGAUUAUCGGUCAGGGAAAUGACAAGCCAACUCCUCGUAUCGUACUCGACAUUCUUGGUGUUCCAGAAUCCACUGACCCGGAUCCAUUGAGCUUUGAAAGUCUUGGAGACGGUCAACGUCAGCACAACAUGGGAAAAUGCUACAGUGGUCUUUACGAAGUCCAGGGUCACAUCGUGCCGUUCUUGGUCGUGGUCAAAGUUGGAAAGCCCUCAGAAGUCUCCAAGCCUGGUAAUCGUGGCAAGCGUGACUCGCAAAUCAUUCUUAUGAGGUUCUUGAAUCGCGUUCAUUACAAUCUCCCGAUGAGUCCGCUCGAGCUUGAGAUGCAUCACCAGAUCCGCAACAUUAUCGGCGUCAACCCCACGUUCUACGAAUUUCUGCUACAGAUUGAUGCCGAUACCGUUGUUGCACCCGAUGCUGGCACCCGGUUUGUAGCUGCCUUUCUCCACGAUACUCGACUCAUUGCCAUCUGUGGUGAAACAGCACUCACAAACGCCAAGUCAUCUUUCGUCACUAUGAUGCAGGUUUACGAAUACUACAUCUCACACAACCUGACCAAGGCCUUUGAAAGUCUCUUUGGUUCCGUUACCUGUCUUCCUGGUUGUUUCACCAUGUACCGUAUUCGUGCGGCCGAAACUGGAAAGCCUCUCUUCGUGAGCAAAGAGGUAGUCGAAGCCUAUCAGGAGAUUCGUGUCGAUACUCUACACACAAAGAACUUGCUGCAUCUUGGUGAGGAUCGUUAUUUGACAACUCUGCUCCUCAAGUUCCACUCGAAGUACAAGACCAAGUACACCAUGCGCGCGCAUGCCUGGACCGUGGCACCUGACAGUUGGGCUAUCUUCAUGUCCCAACGUCGCCGCUGGAUCAACUCAACGGUGCACAAUCUCAUUGAGCUGAUUCCGCUGCAACAGCUGUGUGGUUUCUGCUGCUUCAGUAUGCGCUUCAUUGUGUUCAUGGACUUGGUUUCCACAAUCAUUCAACCCGUCAUUGUCGUCUACCUCGGAUAUCUCAUCUACACCAUUAUUGCGCAACCAAACUUGAUUCCAGUUACGGCGUUUAUUUUGCUUGGAGCUAUUUAUGGUCUUCAGAUGAUUAUCUUCAUCGUACGUCGCAAGUGGGAGAUGAUUGGUUGGAUGAUCAUCUACAUGCUUGCCACGCCCAUCUUCGCCUUUGCUCUGCCCUUGUAUUCCUUCUGGUUCAUGGACGACUUUUCCUGGGGUAAUACUCGUGUCGUCACAGGUGAAAAGGGUCAGAAGGUGAUUGUGUCUGAUGAAGGAAAGUUCGACCCUGCUAGUAUUCCGAAGAAGAGGUGGGAGGAGUACCAGGCUGAAAUGUGGGAGCAACACACCACUCGUGACGAUCAAUCCGUCAUGUCGGGCUACACCUAUGCGACCAAGAAGCCGUUUGGAAGUGUGGCCGGAUCAGAGUACGGCGGUAUGCCACCUUCUCGCCCCAUGUCCCACCUCGACCUCCCGCGUUACAACAAUCACUCUCGCCUCAGCCUUGCGCAGAGUGGAUAUGGUAUGGAUAGUAUGGAGAUGACAAAUCUGCCCAGCGAUGAUGCCAUCUACCUUGAGAUCAAGGACAUUCUGUCAAAGUCGGAUUUGAUGCAGGUCACGAAGAAACAUGUCAAGCUCGAGUUAGAACAAAGGUACGUUCCAUGGCAGUGUACUACCAUGUGGAGUGAGAUACUAAUCAUUGCUGCAGAUUUGGAUGCGAUCUAUCGCUCAAGAAGUCCUUCAUUGGUGCCACGGUCGAGUCGUUACUCGUCAGCGGGCAAUUGCAUUAGACCUCUUUUGCUUCUAAAUUCGCGCAGCAAUGCCUGGAUGUCUCAUGACACUACAUGUCGCUUGAUUACCCGUUGUCAUGUACGCCCCUGUAUCGCUAUUCGAGAUGGCAUGUCUCGACUAUUAUUAUUCUCUUACCUCUAA